GAGCGGAUGUUGAUUCGGAAGCGCUCUGGGAGCAGUUGUGUUUUCUUCUAAACUAGCUCCAUUUCUAACAAUAUCUCCGAUGACACCGUGUACAACUUGGCCUCAGGUUGUGGGCAAAUAUAUAUACACAUAUACACAGCUAAAGCUAAACCGUUCAUGUGGUUAUGACGUGAACGUUGACUGAGCUCAGCCGUUAACCUUUUGGAAUCUCCCGAGCAGGAUGCUAGCAUCUGUCGUUAGCACAACACUGCAGGAAAUUAGCCUGUUAGCUUAAACGGCCGGCCAAGUGUUUAUUAUGCGGCUUCAUUAUUCCUCUUUAUGCGCAUUCUCGAUUUAACGUUAGCAAACAUCCGCGCGAUGGACACCGAGGCCAUAGUAAUCCGUAUAAUAACGCCUUCGGGCGACAUGGACUCGGCCGUCGACUCUCCAGCUCUGCUGAACUUCAAUGACUUGCUGGUUGCCAUCAGGGAUGUCAUGCCUGAAGCCACGGUCACUGCCUUUGAAUAUGAAGACGAGGUCGGGGACAGAAUCACUGUAAGAAGUGAUGAAGAACUCAAAGCCAUGUUGUCAUAUUACUUCAACACAAUGAAUGAGCAACGCAUCAACGGGCUGCUGCCGGACCCUCUGCAGAUUUUUCCACGAGCCGGCAAGACUCCAGGGAUCCGGAACAUACAUGGCCUGAAGGUUAAUACAAGACCUAACCCAGCCAACGACUGCACUCAUUCCAUCCCAGACUCCAUGACCAACAACAGCUUAAAGAAGUCAUCCGCGGAGCUGAAGAGGAUCCUGACAAAUGGGCAGAUAAAUGCUCAAGAUAUCCACUAUCAAGAGCAGCUCGGCCACGGAAACGGAGGCACGGUUUACAAAGCGUACCAUCUCCAGGGCAAGCGGGUUUUAGCUGUCAAGGUCAUUCCGCUGGACAUCACAGUGGAAUUACAGAAGCAGAUCAUGUCAGAAUUAGAGAUUCUCUACAAGUGUGACUCGCCGUACAUCAUCACUUUCUUCAGUGCCUUUUUCGUGGAGAACAGGAUAUCCAUAUGCACCGAAUUCAUGGACGGUGGUUCGCUUGACGUGUACAAAAGAAUUCCAGAGCACGUGCUGGGGAGGAUCGCCGUGGCCGUAGUCAAAGGCCUGACAUAUCUGUGGAGCCUGAAGAUACUUCACAGAGAUGUCAAGCCUUCCAAUAUGCUGGUGAACACCCGAGGACAAGUCAAGCUCUGUGACUUUGGUGUCAGCACACAGUUGGUGAAUUCCAUUGCCAAAACGUACGUGGGGACUAACGCCUACAUGGCGCCAGAGAGGAUAUCAGGAGAGCAGUAUGGUAUCCACGCGGACGUCUGGAGUCUGGGAAUCUCCUUGAUGGAGUUGGCGCUAGGCAUGUUCCCCUAUCCACAGAUUCAGAAAAAUCAAGGAUCUUUAAUGCCUCUCCAGUUACUGCAAUGCAUCGUUGAUGAGGACCCUCCGGUUUUUCCUGUGGGCCAGUUCAGUGAGAAGUUUGUUAACUUCAUCACUCAGUGUAUGCGGCGGCAACCCAAAGAAAGGCCGGCCCCGAAUAACCUCAUGGACCAUUCCUUCAUCGCGCAGUUCAACGACGGCAACGCGGAGGUGGUGUCCAUGUGGGUUUGCCGCUGUCUGGAGGAGAGACGAGCCCUGCAGGCUCAGGGACACGUCUGACGUCCUCCUGCGGCCCAGGACGCUUAUCGGAGGCUCCGGGGCCGAGUACGUCCACGCGCACUGAACACGUGUCUCCAUGUACAGGGACAAAAAAAAACAAAAAUGAUCACUAGAUGUUGCAGGCUUUAUGUGAGUAUUUCGCUAUUUAACAGCACUCGUGCGCCGGGGACAACAGGAAGCUCACGUCCUUUUGAAUUUAGCAAUUAAUCCCUGCAGCCCCAAAAAACGAGAAGUGUGUCUCCAUCCGCAGCUUCGCCCUCACGGAAUAUUUCGAAAUGCAGUGAGCGCAUCCCGGGCCUGGUGGGGGGAGGCAAACGGUCCCGAUCACAAGGAUCAGUUGAGCAGCUCGAAAGCAUCUUUACUGUUGACCGCACUCUGAAUGAGUGACUGCCUGUUGUUCCUCUGAGGAAGUUUAUUACCUCAGCAGGAUUAGCCCCCCCCCCCUCUCCC